UUUUGGCAUAUGGCGCCUUGCUUUAUUUAUUUAUAUGUCUAUGUCUGCACUUCGCUGCGUUAUUUCUGUUUUCUUGAGCAGAACAAUAGUGGGAUGGAAAGUUUAUUUAUAAAAUAUGAAUAAUAAUUGUGUCAGUGCAGUGGCCGUUUGCGCUUGAAGCAGAGGGAAAUCUGGUUUAAUAUGUUGAACGUGCACAAAUUGUCGUUUCUCUCGUGUCUCUGUGUUAUUGUUUUAAUAGCCCUAUAUUUUCACUCUGAGAUAGCUCGUUUAGAGGAUAGUUAUCGCAAAAUAGAAUACAGAUUAGCUCAAUCGCAUAGUGAAUCUCGUCAGUUUUUUCCUAAACCGUUGGCAAAAGAUGAUGACGAUUUGGUGGUUAUCUACAACAGGGUGCCCAAAACAGGAUCCACGAGUUUUGUGGGCGUAGCGUACGAUUUGUGCAAGAAGAAUCAUUUCAAAGUUCUUCACAUUAAUAUUACGGCAAAUAUGCAUUUUAUGACUUUGGAAAACCAGUAUAAGUUUGCUCAGAAUGUAACCAAAUGGAACGAGGUGAAGCCGGCGCUCUACCACGGACACAUGGCGUUCUUGAAUUUUGAGAGAUUGGGCACAUCAUCAAAGCCAAUAUUCAUCAACUUGAUAAGAAAGCCCCUGGAUCGGCUCAUCUCAUAUUACUACUUCCUCAGGAACGGAGAUAAUUUUAGACCGCACUUAGUGAGGAAGAAGCAUGGUGAUAAAAUGACAUUUGAUGAGUGCGUAGAGCUAAGCCAGCCGGACUGUGAUCCAGCCAACAUGUGGCUGCAAGUACCCUUCUUCUGUGGACACUCAGCCCAGUGUUGGAAACCAGGCAACCAUUGGGCUCUAGAGCAGGCGAAACGCAACCUAGUCAACCACUUCCUACUGGUUGGUGUCACAGAGGAAAUGCUGGACUUCAUAACAGUGCUCGAAGCCACCUUGCCCCGAUUCUUCAAAGGUGCUACAGAGCACUAUCUGAACAGUAACAAGUCCCAUUUGAGACAGACCAGUGCGAAAAUAGACCCUAGUCCUAUAACAAUAGAGAGGAUACGGCAAUCGUCUAUAUGGAAGAUGGAGAACGAGUUAUACGAGUUUGCUAUGGAACAUUUUAGAUUUGUUAAAAGAAAAAUGUUGGUGAGCGAAAGUAAUGGAGUAGCGCAAACGUAUUUCUAUGAGAAAAUCAGACCUAAAUGAAGAUUUACUGUGAGUUAAUGUUAAUCAUUCCGUAGAUAGAGUAUUGUUAAUUGAAUUUGGGCAGGUUGUAGCAUUUAUCGGGCAAGUAGCAAGUCGUAGUGGAAGUUAGAAGUUCUUUACUGCCAUUCGCUGAAUAGCAGUAGCUAGUAUUAGAAUAAGCGAUCAUAUGAUACCUCACCGAUAACUGUGUACUUAGGUUACAAGGCAGGAGUCAUAGCAAAAUCUUUAUACCUAAAUUGAUUUCAACGAAUAUUAGCUUAAUGUUACUUCUUUUGUUUUAUCUAGUUAUUUAAUUUUAUUAAUAAUAAUUUUUAAUGAGAAAGUUUCGGGGUAUGUGAUUGACGAAAUCGAAAUCAAAUCAUUUAUUCAGGUAAAUUAGGCCUUCACAGGCACUUUUUCACGUCAUAUUCUAAAUUAAAUUAUAUUUACCAAAGCUACAAACUACUAGCAUUUCGGAACGACCACUGCUGAGAAGAAAUGCCGAAAGAAACUCAUUCAAACAGCGUUGGUCCCUGUUAUGCCAGGAGGGCUUACCAUUUUUUAAAUAUAAAUUUACGAUGGUAGUGAGCACGCAUGUGUUACUAUAAUUACCAUCUUGGAUUGAGACAAAAGGUAAAGAAAAAAAAACGAGAAAUUGUUAAUUUCUCGUUUUUUUUUUGCCAAGCCAAGAAAUUGAAGUAAGCACCAUGACUCCAUAAAACAGUAUAAACUAAAAAAUUUGCAUUAAUAGAACAAAAUUAACAUAGGAAUAAUGAGAAAUUAAAAGUUGCAGGCGUCCAUGGGUUGCGGUGACCACUUUCCAUCAGCUGUACGUGUUCCGCAUGGUAGUAUAGAAAAAUAUUCGACGAAAUUUUGUACAGGGGUAGAAUAUAUCCAGCAAUCACACUAUUUAUUGGUGAAAAACGCAUGAGAAUCCGUGCAGUUUUAUAUAUAAGUUUAUCGCGAACAGACAGACAGACACGCGGUAGAGGACUUUGUUUUAUAAUAUGUAAGGUUAAUAUAUUCGGCACUUACGCUACUUGAAUUUUAAACCUAUAUGUGUCAGAAAAGGUGGAAAUAUAUCUGUAAGUUUAGGUCAAAUAGGUCCUAAAUAAAACUAUAUCAUGAGCUUGAUCAAUAAAAAAAUUCUUAUUGACGUUGUUAUAUACGCAUUUUGUAAAUGCUAAUCUCUUAUGUAAGUAGUUAAAUAAUAAUUAUCACAAUAAUGCGAAUGUUAUACUGACCACUUAAUAAUUAUGCCUAAAAAAUAGACCUUAAGAGUAUAAAUAUAUCUCGGCUUUAAAAGAUUUAUUAUAAGUAUGUAUGGAUACUACUUAUGUACUCAAUAUAUUAAGUUAUAGAUAAUAAGUAAAUAUUUUUUAUUUAAUAAAUAAAAAUCUAAAAAUUAAAUAAACAAAUCCCAGCAGUGGGACCCAUACAGCUAAUAAAAAAAUAAAAAUCUUAACUUAUUAUUGCAUUCCAACAUAAUGGACAAUAUACUAUUAAGUAUUAAAAUUACAAAAAAUUCGAAGUUUAAGACGUAUCCAAUUUAAACAUGGCGACAACAGAAGAAUCCUGUAUGAUGACAAUUGACGGCCAUUUACCAAAUUAGGCAUACUGCUUAGACAGCAAACAAAUUAGCCACGACUACUUCGUAGAUUUAAUUUAAUCGUAUGGCGUAUCGAUUUGGUAGGUAUACAGGCUUACUGGUAUCUAACGCAUAACCUUCCAAAUACCCAGAAGGUACAUAUAGACUAACAUCUUUUGUCUAAACGUAAUAAAUACAAAAAAUCCUUUUUUUAUUUUUAAGUUUUUCCAUAAAACCUUUAACUCUAUGUUCGAUUCCGCUACAUAACGCUACUGUACUGUCUCGUGUUGCUCGGCUAUUACAUAGAGUUAAGAUGUGUAGAAUCGCAAAUUAGAUUGUAUUUUUUACAUGAAAAAAAAAACUAAGCCGUAGAAAAGUUGCUUGUUUUGAUGUACCCAAGUAGUCUUUAGGAGGUUUUGCGUUUGAUACCAGUGACCAUUGACCAUACAUUUGAAAAAAGAACAAAAAAAAUGUUUAUUACUUUAUUCAACAGCGACGCUCUCACUGGGCCGUACAAGACUGUUCCUAUAUAUAGUUAUCGACAGAGAAACCUAUAUACAGACAAGUAUUCGCUGAUACAAGAAAGAGAGAAAUACUCUUGAUGAAACAGGACGGGCCGGGGUCCUAAUAUAUUUGGUACUAGCUUCUGCCCGCGGCUUCGCCCGCGUCAAUUUCCCACGGGGACAGUUCAGAGAUCUAUCAGUUCUUGCAAUAUUAAACAAGUGUCGAUUGGGUGGAAACUUGAGUAGGAACAUACAAACUCACUUUAAUAUCUACGAUAACUGUUAAAUCAAAUCGAAAAAGUGGAAUAUGAUUGAACAAAUCUGUAAUUAAUUUUAGGACUCGGUUGUAUAGAAUAUUGUUUGUUCUCCCAAUACUGCAUGCAAUGGGAAAGAAUGUCUGUUGCAGAUUUGGUAUUGAAGUGUAUUUAUUAUAUCUGGGGAAUAAAAGCGUAGUUUUCUCAAAAAUCUCUCUACGGGAAUGUGUAUCUCUGAUGAAAACAUACGAUUCAGGACAACCUUCUUUUUACCCACUGCUGGGAGGCCUAGGCUCUCUUAAUUAAUGUCAUCCUUUUC